AACAAAAUUGAUAUUUCAACUAAAUCGAUUUCAAACGUGUACAUAACCUAUGAAUCUCAAAAUUAAUUCCAAAAAUUUUACACAAUUGAAAAAGUGUCAAGAAUCAUCAAUGUGCUAUGAAAAAUUUCACAGGAUUUCGUGUGUUACUUUAUGCCCAGAGGACUAUAAACGGAUUCUAUUUGAUAAAAGUUAUUGGUACAGCAAUGUCCACGCAGAAGGAAAAAUACCCAUCCACGUUCAACAUAGAAGACUUCAACUCUACGACCGUCCUCACAAAAAAUGCCUUACAGAAGGAGAAGGAGAGCAAGGGUGAAAUUGAUGAGUACAACCCUUACGAGCACAGACAUCUGGAUCAUCCCAAUACAUUUACUGGUGCUCUGAUCCAUCUGCUCAAAACCUCAUUGGGGACAGGAAUUUUGGCGGUACCGUUCGCCUACAGGAGUGUUGGUUUCGGAACUGGACUUGUAGGAACUGUGCUAAUAGGAGCAUUAUGUACCCACACUGUAACAUUGCUGGUUUCAGCUUCUCAACGGAUGUGUCGUCAGACUCAAGUACCCCAACUUAGUUUUGCAGAAACAGUAGAAUCGGUUUUCAAAAAUGGUCCAGAGCAAGUUAGAGGCUGGUCCACAUUCUCAAGGAUAUUCGUAGAAAUUGGCCUGAUCCUAACCUACUUAUUCAGUGACUCCGUUUACUCCGUAUUUGUGGGAACAUCCUUGAAAGAGAUUGUCGAUUUUUACUGCCCAGAUGCCCGAAGCUAUGGAAUGGAGUACUACCUCAUUGCCCAAAUGAUACCCCUUCUAUUUUUGUGCCAAAUAAGACCCCUCAAGUUCCUGGUACCAUUUUCAACGGUCGCUAACGGUUCCAUGGUGGUGGCCUUCGCCGUAACUUUUUUCUACAUGUUCAGGGACGCCGAACAUGUAUCUGUCAGUGAGAGAUCAGCAGUCAAGGCAGAUGUCAUGGGUAUACCCCAUUUCGUCAGUACCGUGGUGUUUGCCAUGGAAGGUAUUGGUGCUAUUAUGCCCCUAGAGAACUCCAUGGUGGAAGCAGGAUUUCUUGGAUGUCCUGGUGUCCUGUACAUCGCUAUGAGUUCAAUUAUCACACUGUAUGCUUCCAUAGGAUUCGUCGGGUAUUACGCUUAUGGGGAUGGUACCCAAGCCAGUAUUAUUACCAAUCUGCCUACAGAUGAGUGGGCAUCUCAAUUAGCUAGAGGCUGCAUAGCCCUCUCGAUCUUCUUCACGUUUAUGCUCCAAUUCUACGUACCCAUGGAAAUCACGUGGAAAAACGUAAAACCGCACAUCCCAAAGCACUCAAGGAACAUUGCACAGAUAUUGAUCAGGCUGGUAGGAGUGAUAUUCGCCAUUGGUGUAGCCAUAGCAGUACCUGAUCUAUCUGCACUGAUCUCCCUAGUUGGAGCAGUAUUCUUCUCAACAUUGGGAAUCUUUGUUCCAGCUCUAGUCGACACCAUAAUCAAAUGGGAGGAUGGUUUAGGCAGAUACAAUUGGAUAUUGAUAAAGAACAUUCUGAUCUGCAUAUUUUCUGUGUUCGCUUUAGUAUCUGGUGGCUAUUUCUCGGUCUUAGAGAUGUUAUAUCCAGUUCAUAAAGAUUAAGGUUAGCUCAACUCCAACUAUAGUAUAUACUCGCAAUUGCCAUUUGGGUGGAGUGGAGAUUAGCCACUUUGACCCAUUCAAAAUUCUGAUUUUCAGUUAUGUAUAGUGAAAAUGGUACGUGAAUGUACCAAGUAGCCAAGUAAAUAAGUCAUUCAGUUAGUGAGAUUAUAUAUAGAUCGUAAGGUCAAUUAUUCUAUGAAAUAUUUUUGAAGAGAUACAAUUGUAUCCUCGAUACUCGCCAAACUAUACUAGAAUCUGCAUAUAACGAAUCAAAAAACUGACGAUGCCAAAAUUGAAAUUCGAAGAAGACACCUUGAUUUAAAAGUAGAACUCGAAGAAAUAGAAACUUAUGUAACGGAUAAAAUACUUCGUAAAUCAUAAGAAACUUAUAUCGAAUCCACAAAUAGCCUUUUAUAAUUGAAGAGUAGUUUAGGGAUUAACAAAUAUUGAUUAAGUGAAGACUGUGAUCACUCAAGUGAGAAUGUAAAUAUUAUCUAUAUUUUAUUUAAUUAUUGUAAGUUUGAGAUAUGUAAAUAAGAGAAGAAUAAAGAUCGAAGAAUUAUUAUCUUCAAAAUAUU